GCGGUGACUCCAUUUUGUGCUUGUGGGCGAAGCUGCGGCUUCUAUUUCCGGGUUGUCGGAGCCCGGGGAGAGCGGAAAGUGGAGGGAGCCGCGGAGAGAGGGCCAUGAUCCAGAUCUUGCAGCUGUGUAUUUAAGGAAUUAAGUGGUUCCCACCCCUUUUGUAGGGGCUGGUUCUGGGAGCUUAGAGGGAAUCUUUUACCAGCAGAAAAAUGCCCAUCCCACCUCCUCCGCCACCUCCCCCGGGGCCUCCCCCUCCCCCAACAUUUUCACAGGCUAAUAUUGCGCCUCCUAAACUGAACCGCGAUGAGCAGCGGGGACGAGGGGCUCUUCUAAAUGACAUCUGCAAAGGAGCAAGGCUGAAGAAAACCGAUGUGGUCAAUGACAGAAGUGCCCCUGUAUUGGAAAAAGCUAAAGGUGCAGGAGGGGGUUCUGGACCCAUGUCUGGUGGAGCACUGCAGCCCAGAGGAGGCCUCUUCCAAGGGGGAGUACCUAAACUGCGGCCAGUGGGAGGAGCCAAAGAUAGUCCCGACGGUCCAUCUGGUCGGUCUCCUCUUCAGGGUUCUGCAGCAAGAUCGGCUGCUCCUCGUCCCCCAGUCUCUGGAGGUAGACCGCAAGAUGACUCCGACAGCAGCAGCAAUCGAUCCUCACCACCAGACGUUGGCCGCGCACACAGACCGUCCCUUCCUGAUCUCACGCGACCCCCCAGUACGAGCAGUCCUGGCAUGAAGCACAGUUCUUCUGCUCCUCCACCACCUCCUCCAGGCCGGAGACAAACAGGACCUGCUCCUCCUCCACCGCAGGAUGCCAAACCGUACAACAGGGACAAGCCCUUACCGCCAACCCCAGGACAUCGUAACCCUGCUGCACCUCCAGUAAAGCCCCCACCCUCUCCUGUAAAUAUGCGAACCCCUUCUUCCCAGGGACAGCCUCCUCCACCACCACCUUACAGGCAGCCCCCUGCUUCUGUCAAUGGACCGCCCAGUCCUAUAAAUGACCUGGCACCAGAACUCCCACAGAGGCACAACUCACUUCAUCGAAGACAGGCUGCUCCAGUGCGAAAUUUGGCUCCACCUCCUCCUCCUUCAGCCAACCUUUCUCCAGGUGGUCACAGGCCACCACCUCCAAAUAGGGAUCCCCCAGGGAGAGGACCAGCUCCUCCCCCACCGCCACCUGUAAUUCGAAAUGGAGGUCGUGAACCUCCCCCUCCUCCUCCUCCAUACAGAAUGCAUGGUGGAAGUGAAGUUUCUCAGAAUCGGGUCAAGCCCCCUCCACCUCCCUCUCGAACACCUUCUGCACCUCCUCCACCUCCUCCUCCCGUGAGGAAUGGACACCGGGACUCGAUGCCUGUUGGCAGGUCUUUUGCUGAUGACUUUGAGUCAAAAUACUCCUUCCAUUCAGUGGAUGAAUUUCCUGCUCCAGAGGAUUAUAGACCUUUCCAGAAAAUCUACCCUAGCAAAUCGAUCAGAGGUGAGAAAACAGGAACUCGUGGUGCUCCUCCCCUGCCUCCCAUCCCAAGGUGAGACCAUGUCGCCAGUCUGCUGCCUGGACUGUUUACCCCAGCCCACCCUCAUCGCCUGCCUCCUCACACCUUACAGAGAGGGGUCACUCUCGCAUGAAAACAUUUUGUGAACAAAACGGAUCUGGGAAUCUUCCCCACCCAGCUACCUGUCUAUGCAUUCCACAUCCUUGCCUCUGGCGCAGCCACCCUUCGCUUCUUGCACGGGAAGGGGGGUAUUGUUUGGUCUCAGCUCCUGGGUGUAAACCAGGGAACUUGCGACUGCAUCCAGUACAGCUUUCCAUCUUCUCCACAUCAGAGUUAACCGAUCCUCCCAUUUUCCGAAUGCCAUGACAAACCUGAAUUUUUUAUGUCCAUGAGACGUGGGCUCCAUAAUAUUGAAACUAGAAAAGAGCGAAGAAUAUAUACCGAGGGAUAACACUACAGAGGACAAAUGGCCAGGGCAGACAGAUCUGUGUAUUCUGUUCCAGGCCUCCGCCUCACCACAAAGCACUUUCUGACUGUUACCCAAUGACACUGGGCAGAUCCAUGUGCAGGCUCUUUCUGGACAAGACCGCGGAGCUUGGACUGAGGAUGUGGGUUUCGAAUGGUUGCCACUGGGCAGCUGGGAGACUGUGUAUUGUCCACAUUGCAGCAUAUGGCAACAAUGAACAUUCAUGUAGGGUGGCUGGAGAAGACGCAAAAAAAAGAGAAUGAAAGUGCCAGAUUUUAACGACUUUCUGAAUUGUGGCAUGAUAUUAGUGCGGGUUGUUUGUGUGUAAUAAGGUGAUGGGAACAAACUUUCUGAAUGGUAAUUCAUAUGACUUUCUAUGCAGAUGAGGAGGGGAUUUUCAUAAGUGGUGUUCUCUUUCUAAGGUCACUGGAUCUCUUGUCCGCUUCACCUUUUUUUCUUUUGGUCUUGUUUUGAUGACCAUACUCAAAUUCUUUAAUAUUUUUUUGCCAUAUCUUAGUUUUCCAGCCCAUUUUAAAUGCAAGCUCCAUUUUAAA